CAGAGACGCCACAUAGCCACAACGGCGUCUGACAAAGUGACCUUUAUUCUGCAGCCGGGACCAGAAGUAAACUGGUGCUUGUUGAAUCGUCUCCUCUACUGUGUGUCUCAGUCUUCUCAUUGCUCUCUGUCUGCUUCCUUGCAGAUAGUUGAUGUCCUGUCCAACCUGGGACCAGCAGUGCUCCUAACACUGCGAGGACAGAAUACAGAUAGCGGGAGCAUCUGCCGCGAAGCCUCCUUUGAAGGAAUUAGUCGCUUCCAAGUGAACAACACUCUUUUACACCCAGUCAUUGUGGAAUGCCGUCUGAUUAAGACUGAUAUGGAGCUGGAGGUCCUGCGCUACACCAACCGGAUUUCCAGUGAAGCCCAUAAAAUGGUCAUGAAGCAUGUGAAGCCUGGACAGAAGGAAUAUGAAAUGGAGAGCCUGUUCCAGCACUACUGCUACAAUAAAGGGGGCAUGCGCCACACCUCCUACACCUGUAUCUGUGGAACGUAAGGCUUUGUCAAUGAAUGUUCACCCAUUUCAUUUCCGACUGAAGCUGAAAUUAGGCUUCUCCAAAGGUGCAUGUACACGUGGUA